CUUUGGCUGCUGCACAAGUGCCAGACCUUGCCUUGAUUAAAGAGGCUUCCAGGAGCGGUCGGGAGCCGCUGCCUGCUCAGAAAUGAGGCUCUGCAGCUUUAAAGCCGCCGGUGCUCCUCAGCCUCACUGCGGGCAGCGGAGCUCUGCCGCAGCCGCACAUCCUAGCGCCGCGGCUGGGUUAAGCCAAGGUGGAGGAUGGGAGGAGAACGGCACCGUCCCGGCUGCCGGCUGAGAUCAAGGCAAAGCAUGAAGCGCUCCUCGCCCGAGAUCAGAUAAAGGCCUGGUGCUGAGCAGCCAUGCACCGGCCCGAGUGAGGAGCAGCGCUGCCCCCACGGCCCCCGCCCCAGCCAGGAGAAGCUCUCACUAAGAGAAUGGACAAAGAUGCAGAAGCUCUGAAGGCAGCCAGAGCAGAACUGUGUGAGGCCAGGCGGCAGUGGCACCACAUGCAGAUCGAGAUCGAAUCUCUCCACGCUGUGGAAAAGGGUCUGGAGCGCUCCCUGCGUGCCACGGAGCAGCAGUACCACAUGCAGCUGCAGAACCUGGAAGGGGAGAUUGAGUGCUUAGAGAAAGAGCUCCUGGAAGUCAGGAGAGGCAUCGAGAAACAGCUCCAAGAGCACCAGAUCCUGCUGAACACCAGGAUGAAGCUGGAGGAGGAGAUUGCCACCUACCGCAGCCUGCUGGAGCAAGAGGAGAACAGGUUCGGCUGCUCCGUCCCUGCCCCGAAGGACAAGAAGCCAACCACCAGCAGGAUCACCUUCGUGCUGCCUGCCUGUGGUGCAAAGGAGGAGCAGAAGGGGGCUGAGAAGGUGGAGCUGCUGACAAAACAAGCAGUGCUGGAUGGAAAUGUCUUGAAGGAAAGUGCUGAAGCUCGUGGCACUGUACAGACAGAAAAGGUGGAUGAGGUGAUCAAGGAGUGGGAAGGGUCUUUCUUCAAGGACAACCCUCGGCUCAGGAAGAAGUCAGUGUCGCUGCGCUUCGACCUGCACCUGGCAGCCACCGACGAGGGCUGCUUGCACCCCACGAAGAAAACUCUCCCUGACAUCGAGGUCAGGCUGGUGAUGAGGAGGUCUUGCAGCAUCCCCUCCAUCAAACCUUAGCCUCCAGCAAUUCCUCUCCGGCCAGAAGCUCUGGACUCAGCUGCAGGGGGACUCACGCAGGCUGCUGCCUUGCGGCGACUUAGCAAACCUUAGGAGCACUUCGAGUAGCACCAUGGAACCUCCUGGGCUCCAGGGAAGAGCCAAGGGAGCUCAGAGUCCAGGAGCCCAACUCCUGCUGCUUUUGUGCUCCAGGUGCAGCCCUGCCCUGUUCUCAUUGCUGUUCUUUUGUAGAACCUCACCAACCUCUUACAGAACUCUUUCUACUUGGACAUCUUCUGCCUUUCUACCAGAACUUUGCUUCCUCCUCCUGGAGCUGGGAAAAUGCAAAUCCCAACUUCCUCCAGGCUGCAGACUGCUGAGCCCCUGCAAUCAUUCCCAGCACUGCUCCCGACCCCCAUGUGCAAUUAACACUUUCUAGCAGCAAGGAUCCCAGACAGAGAUGCUCUGAAAAUGCAAAGGCUGCUAACAAAGGAUUUUCUGCUCCCAGUGGCCGGUAUGUGUCCAUUCAUUUGGGGGGUUGGGGGUCAGAACUGGGCCAAGAUGCCCUUCCCUCACAGAACCAAACCCUCUGGAGGGGUUUACAAAGCAGUAGCCUCUCAGCCAGGCUGUCCCACGGGGUCUGAAGCAGAAAUUCCCACCAGAUAUGCACAGCUCCACAGGAUGCUCUGGGCUGGAAGGGACCCUCAAAAAGUCCAAUCCCCCUGAGUGAGCAGGGACAUCUCCAGCUGGAUCAGGCUGCCCAGGGCCACAUCAUGGAAUCAGAAUGGCUCAGGUUGGAGGCACCUCAGAGCUCAGCUGCUCCAACCUCCUCUCCAUGCCCAGGGACACCUCUCAGCUAGACUCAGCUGCUCAAGGCCUCAUCCAGCCUGGCCUUGGACACUCCCAGGCAGGAGGCAGCCACAGCCUGCCUGUUCCAGAGCCUCACCACCUUCCAACUGAAGAGCUUCUUCCUCAGCUCCACUCCAACCCUGCUCUGCCUCAGCUCCAAACCAUUCCCCCUGGG